GAAAUGCAAUUAUCCCUUUCUGGCAAGUAUUUUUUUUGCCCCUUUAUCUGCAACAUCAACUCAGUAUCGGAAACAAAAUAAUUGUAAUCUUCCUCGCCGUUGCCAGUGCUUUGCCUUCCGCUGCGCCGCUUCCGUCAGUGCUUUGUUAUUUCCGUCCGAUUCCGCCGCCGUCUCCGCCUAUGCUUAUUUUCCGGAACUGACGCUGCUGCUUUUUGUGAGGUAAAUAGUAGUAGCAGUGCAGAAGAAGAAGACUGGAGAGGACCUAAAGAAUAAAAUAAAUAAGAAAGUGAUAAAAUGCAGCAAAGAAAAUCAGGGAGGCCAUCUGGAACCGAUGGCUCUGAUUUCUCGUACCGGAUGGUCGUCGAUUCCCGCUACACAGAGGUAGCUAAAGGAAAAUCUCGUCUAGGUACACUGCUGAAAACUCAGAUUGUGGUUCAAUUGAUGGGGUUAAUAUGCAUGGUGCAGCUGAUAGCAAAUGGAAAGGCCAUGAACAAAUUUGCUGUUUCAUCUUCUGCGGCCGGAUCGUAUUCUCUUCUCAUUGGGGAAUUUGGCCGUAGACGCAGUAAAGUUGGUUUAUUGAGAUUAUACAUCUACAUAUCGUCUAUUGCAUUACUUCUCUCCAUAUAUUGUUCCAUUACCAGCAAUUCUACUUUAGAGGCUAUUUGGAAUAUGAGGGACUGGCAAAAGAAAAAGUUUGAACUUGCUGAAAGUCUUGUUCUUCUAUUUGGAUCUUUGGUGCAGAUAAUUACUAUCAGCACUGUACUUUCUCUAAUUGGUAAUAUGUCUCCUCCCAAGAAAGCUUCUUAACAGUUUUUGUAAUUUCAGCUUUACUAUCCAGGUCAGUGUGGAGCAACACCUUAUCUCUUUGUUAAUGCCUCAAAUUGCUUUGUAUCUUUUCUGUGUCUUGAGAAUUAUAGAUUUGAGAAUGAGCGCGACUUCGCUAAUUUUCAAUGAAGCUUUAGCUUUUUAAAAUUUGGGUUGUUGUAUUGAGAAUUAGAGACAACAUUGACCAGUUAAAUGAAAGUUUUUCUUUUCUAUUUUA